UGUUUUCAUCUGUGUGAUGUGCGUAGUGCGCGCGCGUCAAACUCACACAUCAUUUCAUCAGUUCGUGUUGACAGUGGAAAAAAAAGAAGAAAAAUAUUGACUAGAUCGAAGAAACGUAAAAAAAUUGGAAGAAGGAAAAAAGAAAUUUGAUGAUUUAGGGAAUUUCCAUCGUUCACAAAGGAUGUAAAAUCGAAUCACAUUGGAAUUUGUAUGUAAAUUUUAGUGUAGAAACUGUGUGACAUGGAAGGAGAGAAGAUUUUAAUGGCAGCAGGAGUGACUGCAGCUGUACUUGGGACGGCUGCAUUUGUUUUUUGGGGACCUUCAGGUGCGUCACGGUUGCGACAGAGACGUGGUCAAAUCGCUGGUUUGCACAAUUUCGGACGAACUUGUUUCCUAAAUACUCUGCUUCAAGCGCUAGCUGCCUGCCCACAAUUCAUCGCAUGGCUUCAACUGCAUGGAGCAUCAGACAAAAAGAGUCUGAUUGGAUCAUUGCUGAGUACUUUGGAAGUGGUAAAUGGAACACAUCCCACCUUGCGAGCAGAUCCUUAUUCACCAGGUGCUGUAUUGCGAGCACUUCACGCUUUAGGCUGGGUGAUUCCACCCGAUGAACACGACGCACAUGAAUUAUUGCACGUUAUUCUGUCAUCAUUGGAAGAGGAAGCAAUCAGACCAAAAAAAAUCGGAUGUUUAUCUGAUGCAUUGGGUGAUGGAACAAUACAACUUGAACGUUUGCUACCACCGCCACGACCGUCAAGUGCUCUGUUGUCCGAUUUUGCAAGAGCCGAAUACGACGAAGCCACUGGAUUGAUGCGAAAUGUUCGCUCCGAGGCGCACACCCCAGAUUCGCCACAAUCUGUAUGCAAUGAUCUCGACGAUGAACUGCCUGACAAUGCAAUGCUCGACAACAUAAUCGCAUCGCCCAUGGUAAUGCCAGAGAUGCGAAAGAGUCGUUCCCGGUCGAUCCAACAGAAUGGGGACGUGGGCAGCAAACGUGGAUCUCUUACAUAUCGAUCACUUGAACGAUUAAACCGUGGCCCAAAUCGAGUAUCUGUUUACGGUGAACAGGCUCAAAUUCAAAUUCCUCAUCCAUUCCGAGGUGCUCAAAGUAGUCAAAUGAUCUGUACGGGCUGUGGAUACAAAUCGGUUGUGCGUUACGAUAAAUUCGAUAGCAUUUCAUUGCCAUUGCCAGAAAAUAAAAAUAUCGGCCUCAGUCUUGGCCAUCUACUCAGCGAAUAUGUUGCAUCAGAGAAUCUAACCGAUGUUACCUGUGAGUCAUGCAACGAAACAUGCAGCCACACCAAAUCGGUCACCUUUGCAAAGUUACCCGCAUGUUUGUGCAUUCAUAUUUCACGAAAUACUUGGUUACCUACCGGACAAAUCUGCAAGAGACAAGAUGUUGUGCAUUUCCCAGAGAGUCUUUCAAUGGCGCCAUAUAGUUUUAUUCAACCAAGUUUGAGUCAGACAAGCACACCCUGGGGCUCAACAAUGUCAUUGCUUUCAUCUAGUCUGCAAUUGAAUACCGCUGGUUUGUCAGCGAAUGACUCAUUUAGCACGUACAACUUUGGCGGCAUGUUUCCGCGCAAUUUGUAUCGACUGUUGGCUGUUGUGGUACACACGGGUGAAGCUAAUGGCGGACACUUCAUUACGUACAGACGUGGAGCACUUAGAAAUUCACACAGAUGGUACUACACGUCAGACACCAUUGUAAAAGAAGUCACUAUCGAUGAAGUGCUGACUGUGUCGGCGUAUAUGCUAUUCUAUGACCGUGGCACAGGGCCAUCGCGCCAAGCAAUCUAAAUCAAAGCAAAAAGGAAAUCAACAACACCAGCACAAUAUCGAUUCAAAAUCAAAUAAUUGUUUCAAAAAAAUGCAUACAGCAUAGGCAUAUAUAUUCAGUAGAAUAUAACACCACGACAUGAGAUUGUAAUUGUAUUUUUUAAGGUAUCGAAAGUCAUUGGACACAAAACUUGGAAUUUUGGCUAGAGUCAACACCCGAUGAGCGACAUAGUGAAACGAUAUAAGACAGACAAACCAAAAUGGAUUUAUCACGAUUUAUUUUCCGAAUUGAAUUGUUCGCAAUGACUUUAUUUUUGAAUUAAUCAUAUAUACGUGAUAUCACUUAAUCCAAAAUUAUUUUACCUACAUACACUGAUUCUGACAGCAACUGAAAGUGUUGACUUUCAAGUGAAAUGGAAGAAAAGAAACAAGAGGAAAUAAAUUAUAGUUUGUAAUUUUUUUAAAGAUACAUUUUCUGAUUAAGUUGUUGAAACUAAAAGAGAGAGAUUAUAUUUAACACAUCCAAUUUAUUCACUUCUUCAUUGUUGUGUACAUAAAUCAUUAAAACUAUCAAGACGUUGCAUUUUAAAACACGUAUGAAUGGAAUUAAUCAAAACAAAUAGACAGCAGCAAAUAAGGUGAUAAAAAUUAUCGAUAAUCGAUUCAAAAAUACUAUAUUUUAUCGCUAUUUUCCUUCUAAAAUUUGAAUUUGUGAGAAUUAGUGAACAAUGUUUACGAAACAUUUGGUUGGCAAUAUUUUUUUUCGGUUCGGAUAAAAGAGUACGUGUUUGGAAAUUAGUUGUUGCAUUAAAUUUCAAUGUAAUGCUUAGAGCGAGCAAAAUGUUAAAUGGAGUGCUUUUGCAAAUGGCAUGUCUUUUGGCACGAUUUGUACUCCCUAAAAGGUGAAACAACAGAGUUAGCGCAUUAUUUUUCUCUUGAAUUUGUGAAUUUAAUUAAAUUUGUGCUGUAGAAUGAUAAGUGUAGAUUAAUAUGUCAGCAAAUCAUUGAGCAUUUUUUUUCUUCUUUUGUUGUUGACAAAUAAAAACUGGAAGAAAACAAUAAAAAAUAUUAUAGCAAUUACAA